AUGAUUUUUGUAGUUUGCAACAAACCCACCAACCUUCACAAAAUCAAGGCUACAAUGGGGACACCCAGGGCAACAAACACCAACAAGAUCAGAGUGGCGGUUUUAGCCGCCAUGGCAGCAGACAUGUGGAUUCAUCCCGUUUUGAUCAGCAAAAUGAUCACGAGAAUGAGCGAACCAAUGGAGUCUCGUACAACCAGAGUGGUUUGGAUGAAUCCUCAUACAAAGGGUGAAGGCAUGGUGGACCGGCAAGUGAACCUACCGAGGAUGACUAUCAAACUUUGUAAUUGCCAAUCUGAAUACGCUGGUCGAUCCCACCAAACUCAAGGGUGCCAUGAUGAAUAUGGCAGGCACAAUGAUGGGUCAUACCGUGAGGCUCAGCAUACUGCCCAAUAUAGAGAGGUCCAACAGGAGCACAAUGGUGGCAACCGCAGUCAUUAUGCAGAACCGAUGUACCAAAAUCCUGGUAUGUCGUAUCUUGUCACCAUCAACGAAAGAGCUCCCGUAGUAGCAGCAAGAGUGACUUUAAGAGCAAAAGUUCGAAGAGCGGCAGCUUACGGCAUAGGACGCUUCAACAUGGACGACUCGUCCUGCAGUCGUUACGAUUGGUACCUCAUGCUCGCCCAAUAUUAUCAUGUCACGUAUCUUUUAAGAAAUGCUCAAAUGGAGCCUACUGUCAUGACUUUUUUACCUGAUGGUAAACGAAAGUCAUGUAGUCUGGUCUCUAAACACGCGAUGCCGUCGAGCCCAACCAUGACUUGGAAUUGA